UAACAAACACAGUUUGUGCGUGAGGCGGCGGAGAUUUUAAUUCGUUUCGUUUUUUAAAUAAACAACUGCGGACGAGUUUAAUGGCGAAGUCGCUUACACUGUGUAACGAGUAAAAAAAAACAUCGCGUGAAUAACGUGUACGUUAAAAAAUUAUAAUAAUCAAAUCUUACUUUGCAUGCGUCGUAUACGUUGAUACGUGAGUGCAGUUUGCGUGUUCUAAAGGCGCAGCACUGCAAUUGCUCGGUGAGGUCGCACUGCUGCUGGUGGAAGGGCCUCUUAGUCUCAAGGGUAUUUUGGCCUACUCUUCCACGCUGGCCAGCCGCGUUUGCAAGAGGACACACAGGGCAUGAGUGAGACGGAGGGUCGGGGGAGAGGAGGUGGAGGCUGGCUGCGAGGUGGCCACAGAAGCUGGCGCGGUGCUUCAAGAGGGUCAGGAGGUAGCUGGCGUGGCCGCUACAACGGCCGGGGAGGCGGUGGUGGCAGCUGCUUCCGUGGUGGAUCCAAUGUGUCAUCUCCAAAGAUUCCCUCUUCGUGCCAAGCCAGGGUCCUUCAAACCACCCUGGAUGAUUUCUGCCCAUACCCAGGAUGGAAGCUCUACUUUCCUUCCGAAGUUUAUUGCAACUCCGGAGGAAUUGUCACCAAAGUGGAGGCCUUUGAGAAGUUUUUCAUUGCAAGACUUGAACUGUAUAAUAAGGAUGAGAUUGAAGAGAAAGGUAGCAUCCUGGUGGACUUCAAAGAACUGGUGGAGGACCACUGUCUGACUGUCGCUAUGCCUACGCUGACAGAUGACCUUGCUGAGACUCCUGACCGUGUGCUGCAGUACAUGGGGUUGGCCGUGCAUCAGACCCUUACGAAGGACUUGGAAAGUCAGGUGGUGCAGCUGCAGAAACAAGCCGACAUCCAGCAAGAAGAGGCGCCCACCGUGAACGUGCCUCUUAUAAACGUUCGAAUUUACAACUACGAGCCGCUGACCCAGUUGAAGAACUUGCGUGCCAACUGCUACGGGAGGCUGGUGGCGAUACGCGGCACGGUGGUGCGUGUCGGCAACAUCAAACCGCUGUGCACUCGUCUCGCCUUCUCCUGCAAUGUGUGCGGAACCGAGCAAGCGCUGCCGCUCCCGUACGGGAAAUUCACGCUCCCGACCAAGUGCGCAGAUGAAGAUUGCCGCUCGAGAACAUUCAUGCCGAACAGACGCUCUCAGCUCACCGAGACUGUUGACUGGCAAAAUAUCAAGGUGCAGGAGCUGAUGCACGGGGAGCAGCGCGAGGCCGGCAGGAUCCCUCGCACGGUGGAGUGUGAGCUCACGCACGACCUCGUCGACAGCUGCGUCCCCGGGGACGUCAUCACCCUCACGGGCAUCGUAAAGGUCGCCAGCAGCGACGAAGGACGCAACAAAAGCAACAAGGACAAGUGCAUGUUCCUGCUGUACAUCCAGGCGGUGGCGGUGAGCAACACCAAGGGGCAGCGUAGUGACGGGGGCGGGGAAGAUACGGCACCUGGGGUGGCGCUGGAUUUCUCUCUCAAGGAGCUGUAUGCCGUGCAGGAGAUCCAAGCGCAGCCCGACCUCUUUCGUCUCCUUGUGCAUUCUAUUUGUCCGACCAUUUACGGCCACGAGCUGGUAAAAGCCGGGCUGGCCCUGGCCCUUUUUGGCGGCGUCCAACGCUACGUGACGGACAAGAACCGCAUCCCCGUGCGCGGAGACCCCCAUGUGCUCAUCGUGGGUGACCCAGGCCUCGGCAAGAGCCAAAUGCUGCAGGCGGUGUGCAACAUAGCGCCGCGGGGCGUGUACGUGUGCGGCAACACCACCACCACGGCCGGACUCACCGUCACGCUUUCCAAGGACGGUCCCUCAGGGGACUACGCGCUGGAAGCUGGUGCCCUGGUCCUGGGAGAUCAAGGCUUGUGCUGUAUCGACGAGUUUGACAAAAUGCCAAAUCAACACCAGGCACUGCUGGAGGCGAUGGAGCAACAGAGUAUCAGCUUGGCCAAGGCUGGCGUGGUUUGCAGCCUUCCGGCACGAACGUCCAUCGUGGCAGCUGCCAAUCCUGUCUGUGGGCACUACAACAAGUCCAAGACUGUCUCCGAGAACCUAAAGAUGGGCAGUGCCCUGCUGUCGCGCUUCGACCUCGUCUUCAUCCUGGUGGACACUCCGGACGAGGAGCGCGACCACGUGCUCUCGGAGCACGUCAUGGCCAUGCACGCCGGCAAGCGGCUGCUGGCGGGGGCCUCCGUGAGCCGUGCGGCUGUCCCUGGGCUGGAGCUCGCCGCCUCCUCGUCGUCUGACGAUGUCCUCGGUGACCUCUCUCUUUCCGAUCGACUUAAGGCCCGGCGCGGCGAGGCGCUGGACCCCGUGCCCCACUCGCUGCUGCGCAAGUACGUUGGCUACGCGCGGCGCUACGUGCGCCCACGCCUCUCGGCAGAGGCGGCGCAGACACUGCAGGACUUCUACUUGGAACUGCGGCGGCAGCACCACGGGGGAGAUGGCACGCCCAUCACCACGCGCCAGCUCGAGUCGCUCAUCCGUCUCACCGAGGCGAGAGCCCGGCUGGAGUUGAGAGAGAAAGCCACCAAGGAGGAUGCAGAUGAUGUGAUAGACAUCAUGAAACACAGCUUCUCCGACACGUUGUCCGAUGAGCUGGGGACGCUGCACUUUGAGCGCACGCAGCACGGCUCCGGCAUGAGCAACCGCUCGGCGGCCAAGCGCUUCGUGACGGCGCUCGCCCGCUGCUCGGAGCAGAUCUGCAACACCAUGUUCACGAUGCAGCAGCUGCAGCAGCUAGCGCGCGACAUUGGCCUGCAGGUGGCCGACUUUGAGGGCUUCAUCAGCUCCUUGAACACACAGGGAUUCCUGCUGCAAAAGGGAUCUAAAGUGUAUCAGCUACAGGCCAUGUGAGACGGCCCUCCGAGAGUUGGUCAACUGAAAUACGUUUCGAGCAUCCGAUCUGUCCUUGCAUCAGAAGCAUGCUGUGCAUUAUCAACAGCAUUUGCUGCUGAUGCGACUGCCGCUGCUGUGUUCUGACCCAGUUUAUGACGAUUCCCACAUUGAAAGUUGUCAUUUGCAGCAGGGGUUUCACUCAUCUGGACUAGCGCUGUCACCCGUGCAAAGCUACCGCUCGCGCCCGCUUGGAAGCUUGCGAGCCCGUGCAGGAGACAGGGCAGUAAAUCUCGAUUGGAAACUCACAUCUUUGGAACUGUUUUUUCUUUUUAGUUUGUUGUUCUUUACCCGCACGUCCGAUUAGCACGGUUGGCUACGUACGGUGCGAAAGCAGUUCAACAUACGUACACUCACAACAUACAUACACACACACAACAUACACACAACACUGCUAACAUGCCUCUUGUCUUUCUGUUUUAUAUUUGCUUCAAGUCCAUAAAUAUGUAAUUACGAAUGUUCCUUAUUUUUUGUUAUUUCAACAACAACGCAUUAAAAUGCCACUCAUCUGUUCGUGUUUUCUGCAAGUGCAGACUAAAUGCCUAAGUUACGUUGUCAUUUAUAAUAAUUGCAAUAAAGCUUUUAAGUACCUCUAUAUUUCGAUUUAAAGCUUUCGUGACUGCAGGGAUUCAUCUUCUUGGUUCUUUCGGUAAAGUCACGUAGAAGGGAAAUAAAAUAAUAAAAUUUAAACAUAAUAAAAUGCAAUUCUCACGGUGAGAAUUGCAUUUUAUUAUGUUUUCUUUUCUAUAGCUUCUGCAAAUUCACAAUCAAUGUGCAAUUCAGAAUGGUAUAAUAAUAAUUAUUACUAAAAUUAUCUGUUAAAAGUGCCAGUUUUCCAUGAACGUUUCCUGUAAGCACGAAAUUUUAACGAAAUUGUAACUGAGAAUGUUAUUUAUUAUUCUUAUUAGUUCAAUAAUAAGCCUUUAGAAUUAUUUUUCCCCUGCACAGUGCUUACUGCAAGUCUGAACUCACACGUAUUUCACAAUGUUAUUUAUUAUUCCUAUAAGAAGGCAUUCAAGGGCCUCUCUUAUAUUCAUGUUUGCUCAACUAACAUGCAAUUUUCAAUCAAUUUUAAUAACUACCACCAAUACCGUCAUCACCACGACCACCGCCACCAUCAUCAUCAUCAACACCACAAAUUGUUAAUGAGCAUCGAUCUGCCUGCACUUCUUGGAUUGUUUGGUAGACUCCAGCUACUCAUGCGUUUCUAUCUCAUUUACAAUCCUGUUUGUUAUCCUAAGGCCUCCAUGACACUGCCUUCUUGCCGCUUCUAGAAUCCCAUUCUACGAAAUGAAAUAAAUUUGUGAAACGCAUUCAACGUUGUUGCGCAAUGCAUCUAUUGUUUAAUCCCCUAAAGUUAUGUUGUUGCACAGCUCAGUCGCUGUUAUUUAAUUAAUUUGUCACUUUGACAUAUGUUCCAAGCGCUUCAGAUUUUCACGAGUAAAGCUUUUGGUUUAGUUGUGCGCGAGUCGAAACACGAGUGCAGGAUUAAUUUCACCGCUGCAUUGUUGUUCACAGUUGUGCUGUGUUUUCAAGUUGUGUUGCUAUGUAUUGGUUCUGGUUGUAUUGUGAAUAGCUUUCAGCUCUUAAGGUCCUGGAACCGAUUAAUUUCCUUCAAACGAAGCAGUUCCUUAAUCUGAUUCAGUUCUCUAAGAAUAUUCCAGCACGGAGCGAAGCAUCGGUCGUCGUGCCGAGCAACAAGGCACGGCACGAGCCGAAAACCACAUCGGAGUUUGACACCAACGCUUACGUGUGAAGGUUUCCACGCGCAUCAGAAGGAAAGGCUCCGCUGUGGGCGGUGAAAGUUUUCUGGUGGGCCAUCCCCACUUUUAAUUUUGCAGAGGUGGCCAGUGGCAGUUGUUUUCUCAGAGACGGCGUUCUUUGCGAUCUUGAACAUGCGCUUACGUUAACAGCACUGGGAACAGCAAAAACCUGUAAUUGAACCUCAUGGCGGGACCCCGGGGUCCCGAAUUAACGGAAGUCACAAUCGUAAUGAAUUUAUUUUUGACAACUCUGUCCCAACGCGCACAUAAACACCGCGACCCACCUGACGCAGAUCAAUCAUUCUGUUGUCAUGUCCAAGCGUAGCAGCGAGGACGAAUGCGCAGAAGAGCUGAACAAGCGAAUGCACUCCAUGCUCCAAAGCUGCUCAAAUUGCCUACAUGACUCAAGUCUUUUAUUUGUCAUCACGGAAUGCAUUAGACGGUGAAACUGCUCUCUUAUCUUCAUUAUUAUUUGUGACCUAGCAAUGUCUGCAGCCACGAUCAAUCGAUGACAUUCCUAUUACCUGUAGAUAUUUAACAGAUGAGAUGCGUUGCACCGUUAAUCCCUCCUGUUUGAUAAUACUUCUCUUGUCCAUAUGCAUCUGUGAAGAUAGGUUUUUUUUGCGGUUAAGCUAUAUUCCCCACAUACCGCUCGUAUCAAUGCGGACAAGAGCGGCGACCCACUCACUACUCUGUAGAGUAACAUUGGUAUUAACGUUUGUUACAACAUGAACAGCGCAUUGAAAACGCGUACUAUUUUAUGUACUAUUUACAAAGUGUGCUCACAAAUCCACACUGAGAAACACGAUGAUUGACGGGUGUGAAUUAUUUUUUCGAUAGUGCAUUUAAAUAGAGGUACUGCAGGUAAGUAGUUUUCAGUUUUAAAGGCAUAGUUUAACAAGACAACACUUGCCACCAUCCUCCAAACCCAUUGGUGAAAAAGAGCAAAGUUUUUGUUUACAUUAUAAUAUAAUGUUUAUGCGAGAGCCGGGGGUUAAUGGAACCCCGGGGUCCCGCCAUAAGGUUCAAUUAGCAGGAUCGCUUGAAACAUUACAAAGUUGGGUAUAAAUCCUCCCCAUGUGUCCUCUGUGCAUAGCGGCCUACGCUAUGUUGAUGUAAAACAACGGCUAAAGCGCGUUAGGGAAGAAUGUUGGAGCGAAAACGCUUCAUGUGCACGCGUGCUUCUGUACUGGAAACGUUCAGUCGUCGUUCGGCCGUCUCCCUUUCUGGCUCUUUUCGCCGUCAUUGACGACGGUGGCCGUACCGCUCAACCUUGCCCGGGACAUUUCUCAAAGGUUCGCCCCAAUAAAUUGUAAAAAAUAAAACACCCAGAAGCCUUUAUCUGGCGUAAAAUGGAAUAAAACAACACCAAACAAACGAAACAAAAAACCCAGCACGGAUCAUUGCCCGUCGAUGUAUGUCGCUGCUUCUGUUAGGACCCGUCGCGAGCUGGAAUUAUAACCGUCGCUUUUCUCCGAGCUUAGACUACCUUGAAAUUAAACCGUGUGGAAAUACU